AUGGAGAAUGCCCACCCACAACAAUCGACGCAGGCGAAACAGAGGGUGACCACCGUCAAAGUGCUUGCUCUCGCCAUCCUGUUCGUCUUCUUGAGACUUCUAGCUCGGAGCAGAAAGCAUGUGCUUCUGGGCGUUGAUGACUACACUCUGGUCGCAUUCAUUUCACCAUGGAAUGGGGCGCCAUACGUCCACUGUCCCAGCGUCGGAUUUAGUUGUUUUCUAACGGUAUACGCUUUCGAGCCGCUGUACAUCACAACAGUCGGCAUCAUCAAGCUAUCCGUCCUCCUGAUGUAUUACCGAAUUUUCCCCGUCCGCCUCAUCCGCAUCGGAGGCAUGGUCCUCGCCUCCAUAACCGUCGCCUGGGUCAUCUCAGUCGACCUUGUCGCCAUAUUUCGCAGCUUCGAACUAGAUGAUCGGUUCAGCCUCAUUUUGUCCUUUGAGGCGCAGGACAUCGCGUGGACCCUUGCCGAUGCGGAAACAUGGUGCGUGGUGGAGACUGCGGCGGGAGUUAUUUCGGCUUGUCUGCCGACUGUCAUCCCAUUAUACCAGCAUGCUUGUCGGAAUUUUGUUGAUUCGCUUUCUCGCUCGGGCGGCACGGAUCUUGAGGCAGAGGCUAUUGCCUUACACGCGGCGUCAGAAACACAGCUAGGGAAGAUACGCGUGAGUGACAACAGAUCUCUCCGUGAGCCAGAGUUGUACCCUCCAGAUGAGAUAAAGACGGUGAAAGGGAGCAGCUACACAGAGCUCACUAUUCAUUUCCGCGAUUCUAGGUAGUGGGACACUACGAUAACAUCAUUCUGAGCUGCGGAAGUAUGCCAUCUCUGAAUAAGUAAGAGAUCAAAAUUCAAAUUAUGUAUCAGUCGUGUCCCUACUUCACAUUCCUACCAGACAGCCUACUCAAGCUCCUCGGCCCUCCUCUUCAAAUCCGCAUUAAACCUCCCAAACUGUCCCAUUACCCUCCUCCCCAACAAAGAAGGCCUCAUCAGAAACGAAAUAGGACCGGUAAACACCUCUGUCUGCCUGAACACCGUCCCCGACCCAUCCUGUGUAGGCUCCAUAUGAAAGCCAUGCAACCCAGC